AUGGCCUUCACCACAAAUGCCAUCAUCAACAGCUUCGGCGGACGCUUCCUCAAGCUCUCUCACAAGUCCGCUGUCACAGGAACACCCAUGAACGCAACCCUCUACCUUCCUGGAUCCGCCUCCUCUUCCAAGCCUGCGCCUCUCCUCAUCUACCUCUCGGGCCUCACAUGCACUCCCGACAACGUCACGGAGAAGGGCUUUCUCCAAGCCCAUGCUUCCAAGCUCGGCCUCGCCCUCCUCUACCCAGAUACUUCUCCUCGCGAGCUCGACUUGCCAGGUGAGCACGACGCUUAUGACUUUGGCAGCGGCGCUGGUUUUUACAUCGAUGCCAAGAAGGACCCUUAUAGCAAGCACUACAAGAUGGAGACAUACAUUGGCAGUGAGCUGCCUGAUCUCAUUUUCAAGGAGUUUAAGGAGGUUGAUUCCUCACGCGUGUCUAUCUCUGGUCACUCUAUGGGUGGCCACGGUGCUUUGACUCUGUUCCUCAAGAACCCCGGCAAGUACAAGAGUGUCAGUGCUUGGGCGCCCAUCACCAACCCUACUCAGUGCCCAUGGGGUGAGAAGGCUUUCAAGGGUUACCUGGGCGAGGACAAGGAGGAGUGGAAGAAGCACGAUGCUACUGAGCUUGUCAAGAGCUGGAAGGGCAACUUCCCUGCUCUCAUCGAUGUGGGUACUGGCGACAACUUCUACAAGCAGAGCCAGCUUCUCCCCGAGAACUUUGAGAAGGCUGUCAAGGACGCUGGUAUUGACGGCUUGAACCUCCGCUACCAGGAUGGCUACGACCACUCCUACUUCUUCAUUUCCACCUUCGGCGAGGAUCACGUCAAGCACGCCGCCAAGGCUCUCGGUCUCUUGUGA